AUCGUUUCUAUACAGAUGAAAACUUCAAUCUUAAUAUAAAUGUUUAUAAAAAAUUCAUCUUCAUGUAAAUAGGAUCAAUUUAUAAAGCAUGCAGCCAAUUUGUAGUUUCAGCAGUUUUAAGCGUUUCCACAACGUUUUCUCAUAGUUUAAUUUCGUUUUCAGAGUUGAGUUCUAAGGAAAUUCCAAUUUAUGCGUACAGAUCAAUUUUAUUUUUAACAAUUUGUGGUUUUCAGAUCUUUGAUUGAUUGCCAACAAUAUACAGUUUUGAUCGUUAAGAAAUUGAAGUGCGAAAGAGAUGAGCGGAAGUGGCGGAUCAGCGGAGGAUAUGGAGAAGAAGAAGGAGAAGGCGCGGGUGAGCAGGACGUCUCUGAUUCUGUGGCACGCGCAUCAAAACGACGUCGCGGCCGUCAGAAGGCUUUUGGAGGAGGAUUCCUCUUUGGUGAACGCCAGAGACUACGAUAAUCGGACUCCUCUCCACGUCGCUGCCAUCCACGGCUGGGUCGACAUUGCCAAGUGUCUUCUCGACUACAAAGCUGACAUUAACGCCCAGGAUCGAUGGAGGAACACGCCUUUAGCUGAUGCUGAAGGAGCUAAAAGAUCUCGGAUUAUUGUAUUAUUGAAGUCGUAUGGAGGACUGUCUUAUGGCCAGAGUGGAAGCCAUUUUGAGCCAAGGCCUGUUGCACCCCCUCUACCUAACAAGUGUGACUGGGAGAUCGAGCCUUCUGAGCUAGACUUUGCAACCUCGACUCUGAUAGGGAAGGGGUCUUUCGGGGAGAUACUAAAAGCUGGUUGGCGAGGAACACCUGUCGCUGUCAAACGCAUCCUGCCCAACCUUUCAGAUGACAAAUUGGUGAUCCAGGACUUCAGGCAUGAGGUCAAUUUGCUUGUGAAGCUUCGUCAUCCAAAUAUUGUCCAGUUUCUAGGAGCUGUCACUGAAAGGAAGCCCUUAAUGUUGGUGACAGAAUACUUGAGAGGGGGUGAUUUGCAUCAGCAUCUAAAGGGAAAAGGGUCGCUCACCCCAUCAACUGCAGUCAAUUUUGCACUGGAUAUAGCCAGAGGCAUGGCUUAUCUCCAUAGUGAGCCAAAUGUUAUAAUACACAGAGAUUUGAAGCCAAGGAAUGUUCUUCUCGUCAACUCAAAUGCCGACCAUCUAAAGGUAGGAGAUUUUGGGCUAAGCAAGCUCAUAAAGGUGCAACAUUCUCACGAUGUAUACAAAUUGACAGGCGAGACUGGAAGCUAUCGUUAUAUGGCGCCUGAAGUCUUCAAGCACAGGAAGUAUGAUAAGAAAGUUGAUGUCUACUCUUUCGCAAUGAUAUUAUAUGAGAUGCUUGAAGGUGAGCCACCAAUGGCAGCUUAUGAACCAUAUGAAGCUGCUAGAUAUGUGUCUGAAGGACACAGACCGUUGUUCAAGGCCAAAGGCUACACAUCAGAAUUGAGAGAGCUGACUGAGCAGUGCUGGGCACCAGACAUGAAUCACAGACCUCCCUUCUUGGAGAUUUUGAAGAGACUUGAAAAGAUUAAGGAAACACUGACAUCUGAUCAUCACUGGCACCUCUUUUCGUCUAGCUGAGCUGCUCAGUUAAACAUACGCUGUCUAGUUUCUCCAUUUUAUUUGCAGCAUAACAUGUUGGGGUUUGUGAAUAGAUUACAGCAAAGGUUAGCUACAUCCUACAUGUGUAUGAAGUUUAUUUAGACAGUGGGGAAUCUCAUUUUGCAAGAGUUUUAUGUUGUCAGGUUCCCCAAGUUCUUUACUCCCAUUACUAAUACCAUUAGUCAUGUUGUUCA